AUUAGCAUCAUCUCCACAAUGAAGACUCUGCCAGUGAUUGCGAUUGUUUGUGUGGUGAUGACUCUGACUGGAGCUGAUGCAAAGGGCCAUCUGAUCAAGAGGUCCAUACAUUGUUGUGGCUGGUCUGAGUACAAUGGACGCUGUUUCAUUUUCAUUCCAAGCAGCAUGACUUGGACUAGUGCUGAGAAAAACUGUCAGUCCCUGGGUGGAAACCUUGCAUCGGUCCGUGAUGUCUUCGAGUACCAAGCGAUCCAGAAGCUGACAAGCAAUGGCACUAGUCAUUAUCCAGAUACAUGGAUUGGAGGCAGUGAUGGUGAAGAGGAUGGUGUCUGGCUGUGGAGUGAUGGGACGCCUUUUCACUAUUCAAACUGGUAUCCUGGAGAGCCCAAUAACCUUUCAGGCCCACAGAACUGCUUAAUAAUGAAUUUUGGAGCGUCCAAGGGCUGGGACGAUGAGAAGUGUACUGUACGCCGUUCGUCUGUCUGUGUCAAGAAAAUACAAUGA